AUGCCUCCUUCAGAAGCAUCGAUUCUGAAUAAUUUCCUUCUGUCACCUGCUUCUUUGCCAACCGCCAUCUCGCUGCAGAAAUUUACAGAGCUUUUCCCCAAACGGUUGCGGUCUCAUCCGCAUGUCAGGGUUCUCUACCGUGAGUUGCAGCAGCUUCGUGAGCAAGACAUGGAUUUAGUCAAUAGUAAUAUUGACAAAGAAAUCCACCAAGGGGAGAUCCAAAAAGCAGAGCUUCGCAGAUCCGUUAUGGAGACCGGUGUUGAUGGUAUGAGUGUAAACGAUCAGCGGGAAAUGGACCUUGAUGUCCAAUUAUUCGGGCAGCCGACUACCGCUUCGCCCAGUGAGUACCAUUCGGUGUCCAGCCUUCUUUCUGCAAUGGAGGCAGCUUGCGCUCGCCUUGAGCAGGACAUUGAGGAGGUGGACAAAGAGUCGAGCAAUUGUCUAUCCGAGCUUAGCUCUACAGUCGGAGAGAUGAGUGACCUGCGAUAUGGGAAAAUGCAGGGUCCUGCAAGGACAUCCGGACAAGAGGUAGUAAACGAGGCCAUUCAAGGACUCCGCAAUCUCGAAAAUGCCUGCUACAAGAACAAAUAA